AUGGAUUCACAACCGUACCCUAUCCCAGCGGGACUACAUGUUAUACCCUCUCAUCUCCUCGAUCUCCGUCCGGACAACGAAAUCGAUCAUGAUCUCCUUCACCCCAAGCCCAUCACAAACGAGAAGAACAUCUGGUUCUUCUGGCAUCAGGGCUAUGCCAACAUGCAUCCCUACACGAAACGCAAUAUCCGCGCCUGGCACCGGCGCUUCUCGAAACUAGGCUGGACAAUCCGCGUUCUGGACCGUCAGCCAGAUUCUCAAUUAAACGUCGCGAAUUUCCUCGACGUUUCUGACCCAGGCACGUUCCCUCAGGCGUUCAGGGACGGUACCAUCGGCGGAGACUACGCAGCGCAACACACCUCCGACCUCGUCCGAUGGCCACUCUUGCUCAAGUAUGGCGGUGUGUAUGCAGACGUGGGACUCAUCCAGAUCGGCGACUUGGACCGUCUAUGGCGCGAGACAGUGGGCGAUCCGGCAUCGCGUUUUGAAGUCCUCUCCUACAAUGCAGGCGGUGCUGAAGGACGCAGUCUAACGAAUUAUUUCCUCUGUUCUGGUCGGAAUAAUCCGCUCUUUGCGCGAUGCCAUCGACUCCUAUUACAGCUGUGGGCUGCAGAUGGUGGGAAAACCAGCACGGAAGGCAUGCAUAGUAGCGCGUUGUUAAAAGGCGUUCCUUUAAUGGGCGGAUGGUUUACCAUUGAGGAGGAGGACGGGACGGUUAUCAACGUGGAGGAUUCAGGGAAGCUACUGACUGAUUAUAUUAUUCAGGGACAGGUGAUGACGAUGGUCAUGGGUCUGGUUGAUGAGGAGGAUGGAUGGGAUGGACCCAAGUAUGUUGCCGAGCACGUCUACGGGAUCGAGUUCAUGGAAGGGUCGCAGCUCAUCAAUGUGUUUACGGAAUGGAACGGCCGGAAAGCAUUCGAGUUGAUGUCGCUUCCACUGCCGAAAGAGGGCGAGGAGGAGAGUGCAGAGCAGAAGCAGGCUAGAGAGAUUAUUGAGGCUUGCUUGCGGAAGAGUUUCGGGUUCAAACUCGCUCAUGGACUGAUUCUGCGAGUGUAUAAAGAGACCCUGGGUUCGCUAUGGAGGGGCAAUGAGGGAUCAGAUAAUGUGCCAGGGACGUAUGCGCACUGGUUCCGCCACGCAACGCUGUUUUGGAACCAGGACAGUGUACCUCCUGCGUUGGAGUUUAGGCCGAUAGCGCCUUUUAAGAGGGGGCCACUGUUGAGGGUGGAGUAA